CGCGAUUGUGAGCGAAACACGUCCACUUUUCUUGGAUUUUAUGUCAGUUUUUGGGCUUUUAAACGCGUUUUUGAAAAUUUUUGUCUGCCUGGGAUGUUUGUUUUCGCAAUCAGUAUUAAUGAUGACUGUAUUUCCUAUUGUUUCAAUUAUUGUUGUAUUACAAACUAUAUGUAAAGGAAGGAAAAUUUUCAUUUAUUUAUUUAUUUAUUUAUGCUAAAUGUACGGACAUUAACUCAAGAUAUGAGUGGUGUACACCUCCCAAGCAAAAACGACCCAAUUUUUUGGGUUAUUUAUCUAGAUUCAGUUCCACGUGCAUCUAGAUACCCAAAAGGUUAUCGUGCAAGUCAAUGGCUGAAUUAUAAUAUCAAAAUGAACAAUAUGGUGAUUCUAGCUUUUGCAGAUAUUGAUCAUAUUCGAGGAAGUAAAAGAUAG